CUUUACAAUUAUAAAUCGGCUUCCUGAGUAAUGUAGGAAGCAUUGUGGACUCCUCCCUUCCGUUCCUUCUUCUCCCACCUAAAUCCUAGAGGUCUCCUUCUCCAUCCCACCAAAAUCCUUGUGUAAUGUCGACUACUUUCAUGGAUCCUCAAGUCUAUAAAGCUGCAAAAUUUGGUGACAUUACAUUUCCCCAAUUGACUGAAGAUUCUAGCCGACUGCUGAGAGUAACUCCAAAUAAAAACACAGCCCUUCACGCCUUUGUGAGAUUUGGUCAUCUAGAGUUUGUGAAGGAAGUGUACUAUGCUCUUCUCCAACACAAUUCAAGUUUAGAAGGCAACACGGAGUACAGCAAAAGCCUAUCUCUUCUCACACAGGUGAACUCAGAAGGUGAUACUGCCCUUCAUGUAGCAGCCAGAGAAGGCCACGCUUCCAUAGCUAAAUUUCUAAUUGAAAAGAUUAAGCCUUGGCCUUCUGACCAUGACGUCGAAAGUGGAAUUAGUAGUUUACUUAUUUUUGAGAAAAUAAGGAAGAGAAACGAAAGCAAAAACACAGCCCUGCAUGAAGCUGUGCGAAGAAAUGACCUUGAGAUGGUGAAGUUGCUGACUGAUGAUGAUUGUGAUUUAGGGCAUCCCAACUAUGAUGUUGAUGCGGAUGGACGUGGGGAGUCUCCACUCUAUUUGGCUGCUAGAGAUGGACACUUGGAUAUUCUCAACCAUAUCUUUCACAUUUGUCUAUCUCCAGCUCACGGUGGACCACAUUGCCAGACAACUUUACAUGUGGCCGUUGUUGAGACGAGGCUAGAUGUGGUGAAAAUACUCUUGGAGAAGAUGGGAGGAGUACUUGUGAAUAAAGCAGAUAAGGAUCGAAGGACUGCUCUCCAUUAUGCAGCAUCCAAUAGACAUAACGUCAUCGAGAUAGUAAAGAAGUUGCUAAGUUAUGAUACUUCUAGUGUGUAUAAAUUGGAUAAAGAUGGUCUCUCACCACUUCACAUAGCUGCACUUGAAUCAAGCAUUGAGGUAUUUCAAGAACUCAUCCAAAGCUGUCCAGAUUCUGGGGAGUUGCUGGACAAAAAGCAUCGUAAUGUUCUUCACUUUGCUGUGAUGAGUAAGGAUUUCAAGAAAAUCAGUUUUGCGUUAAAGCAACAAGAGCUUGAGGAACUCAUAAACAAGACAGAUGAUGAUGGAAACACCCCAUUCCACCUUGCGGCAACAUUAGGCUCUUUCAAAUUUAUGAGACUUUUUCUUUCAAAUAAAAGAGUAGACAUAAAAGCGACCAACAACAAAGGUCAGACAGCUACUGAAAAUUUUCAAUUCAUCCUUGGUCAACUCACAAUCUUUUCUCCGAUUCACCAAACAUUAAUGGCUAGAAUUUUUCGGGAUGCACAAAGAGUAAGAGGAGAGAAAAAAUGGAUGAUAGGAAUAAAAAAGGAGCAAAUGCAAAUACGCUCUGACAGCAAAGAGGAAGAGGAAGAGGAAGAGGAAGAGGAAGAGGUGCAACUACGCAAUAAGCCAGAGAAAGUGGCAACAACAACAAAGAUUACACAGAGCCGAAAGGAAAUUGGGCAAAUCCUCCAACUAUUAGCGUCUCUUAUUGCCACUGUGGCCUUCACAGCAGUUGUACAAGUCCCCGCAAUAGCAAUAAUGGAAAGCCUAUACUCCAGGACAAUGGACACUUCCAAAAAUUUAUACUUUACGAUGUUGCCGCUUUGAAUCUGUCGAUUGUUAGUUCGAUGGUCAUGUUCGUGACCCCACUACUAUGUCUAAUGGCGUGGUCUUUACCUCAUCUA